ACAUCAACCUUACAUAUUCCACCACUCAUCACCCUCCGCAAAAACGUAUAUGCCAACGCGAUGACAUUUUCAAUCAAUUCCAUGCGCUCAACAGUCCUCCGCUAUGCUGUUCAGCGCACAACAGCGUUGACUCUUUCCACCCCGCGUGUCUCAAUCUCCCGCCCAAUUUCAUUCUCACCCUCACUUCUCAUCAUCACCACCACCACCACCACCAACCACAACGAUGCCGCCACCACCCUCUUUCCACCCGGCUUCAGACGCUUCACCACCACCCCUCAAGCCGCGAAACAGACGAAACAAAAACUAGCCCACAACAAUGAACCCGUUCCCGAUUCUCCUCCCACCACCGACUUUGGCGAGAUGGACAUGCUAGGCCAGACACCCGUCCCGUCCACGGCUAUAGACGAGUGCUUCCAUGAUGGGUUUGCGCUGAACAGUGGGGUGCAAGUGACGGGGGGUAGUGGGGUGUUGUUGGUGGGUGGUGAGGCAUUUGAGUGGAGGCCUUGGGUGCCGGUUGUUGCUGGUACCGGUACUGGUACUGGUACUGAGGGGGAGAAGAUGGGAAAGGCGGCAGUACCACCAAAAAGAAGAAAGCUUGUGAAUGAAAAGGGCCAGUGGGAUGUGUCGAGUGAAGAGCAGUGGGGGUUUCUGGGAAGAUUGUGGCCUCGGCCAGACCUCCUGAUCCUCGGCGUCGGUCCCUCCCUCCGUCCCCUCUCACCUGCUACUAGAGCCAUGAUCAACAGCAUGGGCAUCCGCGUCGAAGUGCUGGACACGAGAAAUGCGGCAUCGCAGUACAACUUGCUAGCGACGGAGAGGGGAGUGGAUCAGGUUGCUGCUGCGUUGGUGCCGCUUGGUUGGAGGGAGUAAGUCUAGGCUGUGGGUAUGAGUGAGAUCUGGGCAAGAAGGAUGGGGGGGGGAGUAAAUGGUUAUGAGGAUUCAUGAGGGGGUGGGGGAAGAGGGCGAAGUUUGUAUAUGUAUGUGGAAGUGACAUUCGACUCAUGAUGAUUGGCUGGCUGGCGGCGAUGAUAACAGGACUCGGUGUCCAUUAGGAUUCGAGGCAGAAAAGACAUAGAGCACCAUAUGCUGGGGAGGAUAUGGUUCUGGUGGUUUAACAGAACAAAAUGAGACAGACCAGAACAGAACAGGACUCGAUAUCGUAGGGAGAUAAUAUACAAGGUAGAGGAACA